CAAACAAACUGGCUUCAAGUAAAACCCGGUGGAAAACCGUUCCCUGUUGGCCAAGAAGUCGGCGUGCUUCGUUGGCGAUUACAAACUCAGGACGAGUCAGUACUUCCCAUCACUGUGAACUGCUGGCCCAACGAAAUCCGAGGUGGUUUCGAAGUGAACAUCGAGUAUGAAUUGCAAAACACGGACAUUGAAUUACACGAUGUCGUGGUCAAUAUUCCUCUCCCCUCUUCAUCUAAACCUCCGGUUGUUGGCAAUUGUGAUGGAGAGUAUGAACUGGUGGCCCGAAAGACUCAAUUAGAAUGGCGGCUCCCUGUGAUCGACACAGACAACCCAUCCGGAUCAAUCGAAUUCACAAUCAGCGCUGAUCGAGGUUCCAAAGCCGAUGACUUUUUCCCACUCAAAUUGAGCCUGAGCGCUGACAAAUCGUUUUGUGGUAUUCGGGUUUUGGAAGCUGUGGAUCCGAAAAACAAACCAGUCACAUUCUCCACAGAGACUCGAUUGUAUGCUGAGAAGUACGAAAUUUCCAAAGAGCGUGAAGCCAAAGACUUCAUGAAGCAACGGGCCCGUGACCUGCAACUAGCUCGUCAGGAAGCAGCCAAACGUGGUGCCGGCUCAGGGGGUGGCUCGUCGAGGUCUUACCGAGGCGGUGUUUCCGGUUUCGGAAGUGACACUCCAAAGCCAGAUGAGCCUCGUGUCGUUGUGGUAAACGAUCGCUUCGGGGAAGGCGGCCUUGAUGGUGCCUCCUAUAUAAGUACUGCCGCGAAUGCAAUGCCUUCGGUCAAACGAAGUGGUAUGAAGCUUGGCGGGGGCGGUGCCGGUGCGGGUGGAGGGAUUGAUCAAUUUGUCGAUCAGUUAAAAGCGGAAGGUGAGGCAGUGCAUGAUGACGUGGCUCGACUAUUGGAUCCGAAUACGGACGGGAUCUCACAGUCCGGUGAUUAUGCCAGACGUGCUGUCGGUAGUCUUGAACCGAGAACUGUCCUCAAAGAAGAUCUUCACAUCCGAAUAGAGGAGAAGUUGAUGGUACAAGCCAGUCGUGAUGGUGGCUUGGAACAGCUCGAGGUACAGGGGAUCAUGCAUGCUCUUGCCAACACGGCCGCCACAAAUGAGGCUCGACUUCGGAUCGAUACCAAUGAGGCACUGAAUCCUCACAAUGAAAAGCAACCGCCAGCCCAGUUGCAAACACAUCCUAACCUGGAUAAGAAGGCGUUUGUGGUGAGUUUGAUCGCACCUCUUUUGCGGUCUCCAUUGGACUACAAAAAUAAACGUCCGGUUCUGCACAGAAUUAGCUCUGAGAUCAACCAAAAAAUAGGCGAGGUUUAG